CCUCAGCUGGUCUCUCGGUUCCGGGAGCAGUUGCGCGCUGCUUCUCCGCGGUCUGCGGCCCAUGGAGGAGGAGGAGGAGGAGGAGCAGUGAUGGGCUAGCGGCAGAAGCGAGGAGCCCCGAGCCAGCCCAGCAUCGCCAGCCAGCUCCACGUUCCCACGCCAGUUCCCUCGAUCUCUUUCCGGGGGGGGGAGCGCGCAGAGUGCAAACGCGGAGCAUCCCAGGGAGGAUGAGGCGGGGACCGGACCCGAGCGGGCUGCAUCUCGAGGGCGUGCAGCAGCGGCUGGGUCUGGCAUGAAUUAAGAAGCUGGGAAGAUGGAGCGCCGCACACUCCUCGCCCAGCCCAGGCUCUGGACCAGGGACACUAGCUGGGUACUUCUCUAUUUCCUCUGCUACGUCCUCCCGCAGACCGCCCCGCAAGUGCUCAGGAUCGGAGGGAUUUUUGAAACUGUGGAAAAUGAACCCGUUAAUGUUGAAGAAUUAGCGUUCAAGUUCGCAGUCACCAGCAUUAACAGAAAUCGAACCCUGAUGCCUAACACCACAUUAACCUAUGACAUCCAGAGAAUUAACCUUUUUGAUAGUUUUGAAGCCUCACGGAGAGCAUGUGACCAGCUAGCACUUGGUGUGGCCGCUCUCUUUGGCCCUUCCCAUAGCUCCUCUGUCAGUGCUGUGCAGUCUAUUUGCAAUGCUCUUGAAGUUCCACAUAUACAGACUCGCUGGAAACACCCCUCAGUGGACAACAAAGACCUGUUUUACAUCAACCUCUACCCAGAUUACGCGGCGAUCAGCAGAGCAGUCCUGGAUCUGGUCCUCUACUACAACUGGAAAACAGUGACCGUGGUGUAUGAAGACAGCACAGGUCUCAUCCGUCUGCAAGAGCUCAUCAAAGCUCCCUCCAGAUAUAACAUUAAAAUCAAAAUCCGCCAGCUGCCCUCUGGGAAUAAAGAUGCCAAGCCUUUACUCAAGGAGAUGAAGAAAGGCAAGGAGUUCUAUGUGAUAUUUGAUUGUUCACAUGAAACAGCUGCUGAAAUCCUUAAGCAGAUCCUGUUCAUGGGCAUGAUGACUGAGUACUAUCAUUACUUUUUCACAACCCUGGACUUAUUUGCUCUAGAUCUGGAACUCUAUAGGUACAGUGGUGUCAAUAUGACUGGGUUUCGGCUGCUUAAUAUUGACAAUCCUCACGUGUCAUCCAUCAUUGAGAAGUGGUCCAUGGAGAGACUGCAGGCCCCACCCAGGCCUGAGACUGGCCUUUUGGAUGGCAUGAUGACAACAGAAGCGGCUCUAAUGUAUGAUGCUGUGUACAUGGUGGCCAUUGCCUCCCACCGGGCUUCCCAACUGACCGUCAGCUCCCUACAGUGCCAUCGACACAAGCCAUGGCGCCUUGGACCCAGAUUUAUGAACCUGAUCAAAGAGGCUCAGUGGGAUGGCUUGACUGGGCGUAUCACCUUCAAUAAAACCGAUGGCUUGAGGAAGGAUUUUAAUCUGGACAUUAUUAGCCUUAAAGAGGAAGGAACUGAAAAGAUUGGGAUUUGGAACUCCAACAGUGGGCUUAACAUGACGGAUGGCAACAAAGACAGGUCCAAUAAUAUCACCGAUUCACUCGCCAAUCGGACGCUCAUCGUCACCACAAUUCUGGAAGAACCCUAUGUGAUGUACAGGAAAUCUGAUAAGCCCCUGUAUGGAAAUGACAGAUUUGAAGGAUAUUGCCUGGAUCUAUUGAAGGAAUUGUCAAACAUCUUGGGUUUCAUUUAUGAUGUUAAACUCGUCCCUGAUGGCAAAUAUGGAGCUCAGAAUGACAAAGGAGAGUGGAAUGGAAUGGUCAAAGAACUUAUAGAUCAUAGGGCUGAUCUGGCGGUGGCUCCUCUUACGAUUACAUACGUGCGGGAAAAAGUCAUCGACUUCUCCAAACCCUUUAUGACCCUGGGCAUCAGCAUUCUUUACCGGAAGCCCAAUGGCACUAAUCCAGGGGUCUUCUCCUUCCUCAACCCCCUGUCUCCUGACAUUUGGAUGUAUGUGCUCUUAGCCUGCUUAGGAGUCAGUUGUGUACUCUUUGUGAUCGCAAGGUUUACACCCUACGAGUGGUAUAACCCCCACCCAUGCAACCCUGACUCAGACGUGGUGGAAAACAAUUUUACUUUACUAAAUAGUUUCUGGUUUGGAGUUGGAGCUCUCAUGCAACAAGGAUCAGAGUUGAUGCCCAAAGCUCUAUCGACCAGAAUAGUUGGAGGGAUAUGGUGGUUUUUCACCCUAAUCAUCAUUUCAUCCUACACUGCCAAUCUGGCUGCCUUCUUGACAGUAGAGCGAAUGGAAUCCCCCAUUGAUUCAGCAGAUGACCUGGCAAAACAAACCAAGAUAGAAUACGGGGCAGUUAGAGAUGGAUCAACAAUGACCUUUUUCAAGAAAUCGAAGAUCUCCACCUACGAGAAGAUGUGGGCUUUCAUGAGUAGCAGACAGCAGACUGCCCUGGUCAAAAAUAGUGAUGAGGGGAUCCAACGAGUGCUCACCACUGACUACGCCCUGCUGAUGGAGUCCACCAGCAUUGAGUAUGUGACGCAGAGAAACUGCAACCUCACUCAGAUCGGGGGCCUCAUUGACUCCAAAGGUUAUGGAGUGGGAACGCCUAUCGGCUCUCCUUACCGGGAUAAAAUUACCAUUGCUAUUCUUCAAUUACAAGAAGAAGGGAAACUGCACAUGAUGAAAGAGAAAUGGUGGAGGGGAAAUGGCUGCCCCGAGGAAGACAACAAAGAGGCCAGUGCUCUGGGAGUAGAAAAUAUUGGGGGCAUCUUCAUUGUCCUGGCUGCUGGACUGGUCCUUUCUGUAUUUGUAGCCAUUGGAGAAUUUAUAUACAAAUCACGGAAAAACAACGAUAUUGAACAGUGUCUCUCUUUCAAUGCCAUCAUGGAAGAACUAGGAAUCUCACUCAAAAAUCAGAAAAAGUUAAAGAAAAAGUCAAGAACUAAGGGGAAAUCUUCCUUCACAAGCAUUCUUACUUGUCAUCAAAGACAAACUCAGAGAAAAGAGACUGUGGCGUGAGCCAAGAGAACACCUGUAGGAAGCUUUCAGGAAGAAAAACACAUGCUCGCUACAGGUUUUUGGAGAAAGGAUUUCUAACAAGUGUGCGAUGUGUUUCCAUAUAUCGAUAUACAUAACUUGGGUUAUGUAUAUCGAUAUAAGAAAUACAAAAGUUUAAGAAGCUCACAUAGACCGAGAUUACUUGGGAAGCAGCACGAAUUCUUUUGAAAUGAAUUUGUAUGGUCACUUAUUUUACCUUUUCUCUUCCAUCCCAAUAAAUUACCAUGUGCUUUCUAAACAAUAAUAAAACAAAAGGUUUUUUUU